AUGUUAUUUAAAUUUAAUAAUUAUAAAUAAAAUAUAACACCAGAUAUUCCAGUUGAUGAAGAACUUUUUUGUCCUUUUUAUUUUAGAUGCAACAGUUAAUGUUUAAGAUAAAGUUAUUUAUAUGAUUAUGGAAUAGCAGGAACAUUGAUGAUUUCGUCUCUUCUUUUUUCAAGUUAUUAUAUAAUUAGGCAUAUGUAAUAUUAUACUAAUCCUCAUUUUCAAUCUAAAAUAAUUGUUAUUUUAUUAAUGGCUCCAUUUUAUGCAGUUGUAUCAGUACUUUCAAUUACAUUUCCUCAUGGAGAAAUGUAUCUCACAUUAGUUAGAGAUGUUUAUGAGGCAUUUUUGCUUUUCACAUUUUUUUAUUUGAUUUUUUCAUAUUUAGCAUAUGAUGAAGAAACAGAAGUUAUUAUUGAUGAAAGAUUGUAUACAGUAAUGUGUUAACAUGAAAAGGAAAUAUGCCAUAUGUGGCCAGUAAAUAAAUGCAUAAAACCAUAUAAAUUAACAAGCAAUGCUAAAGCAAAGUAUUUCACCUAUAGAUGUAAAAAGUAUGUUUUGUAAUUUUUUGUUUUAAAGCCAUCUUGUUCUAUAAUUUUAUUAGUUUUGACUAUUUUUAUAAAUGAAGACACUAAAAUUAUUGUAAUUUAUUUUAAAUUAUUUAUAUUAUUAAAUUAAUAAUUAAAAGAAUGUUAUUCAUUAUAUUAUUUAGUAUUAUUUUAUUAUUCUUUAAAAAAACCGCUUUCUCCUUACAAUCCUUUACUUAAAUUUUUGACAAUAAAAAUAACUUUAUUUUUCACUUUUUGGUAAAGUCUUGUCUUGGGAAUUAUUAAAAACCCUUUGUUAAAUUGUUUUGAUAAAAAUUCUUAUUUCUAUUCUGAACAUAGAAUAAUUAGUGGCAUAGAAAAUACAUUAGUAUGUUUGGAAAUGGUUUUAAUGUCUAUUGCUGGAGGAAUUGCAUAUAGUUAUAAACCUUUUAUGGUAGGAAUGAUUAAAUAAGGAAAUAUUAUAGAUGUUUUUAAAGAAAAUAUAACGACUUUUAAAAAAGAUUACAGAUUAAUUAAACCUAAGAAAUUUGGUUUUAAAGGAAAUUAUAAAUAAGUCGAUUAUAUUCCUAAAUAUAGAUAAUCAAUAGAAUAAGAAAUAGAAAUAUAAAUAUAUUCAAGUGAAAAAGAUUUAACAAAAUCUUUAUUGUAAUCUUACGUUUGA